AUGGUCAAAAGACGGAGAAAGACAAGAACCCACUUGAAAGGCCCGAUCAACAAUUCACAAACGGAUGCACGGGCACCUAAGAGUUUCGUGAUUCGUGGUGGUCGCGUGGGCAAAAGUGUGUCGACGCUUGUGCGAGAUGUGCGUCGAGUCAUGGAGCCGAACACGGCUGCGAGGCUUCAAGAGCGCGAUAAAAACAAGCUGCGAGACUUUUUGACCAUGGCAGGACCACUGGGCGUUUCACACAUGCUCAUAUUUAACCAAACAGAUGCCGGUAUCAAUAUGCGUGUGUUGCGAUGCCCGCGAGGACCAACAGUGACAUUUCGCGUCAAUAAGUAUGCGCUCGUGAGCGAUAUCAUGCAUAGUUCUCGACGUCCUAGUGCGCCAGGAUCGGAAUUCACGACUCCACCCCUGCUUGUACUUAACAAUUUUGGCGGACAAGAGCGCCAUCUAAAAUUGCUUGUCUCUGUCUUUCAAAACAUGUUUCCACCUUUGCAUGUGCACUCCAUGCGUCUAUCGCAAGUACGACGCGUCGUGCUAUUGAAUUACAAUGCUGAUACCAAGACGAUCGACUGGCGUCAUUACCAGAUUUCUGUCCGACCUGUCGGUGUGUCGCGCUCCGUGCGUCGCGUGAUCGAGGGAUCGACGCGUCCCUCUGCUGUAUCGUCUGGCAGUGUGUCUGGCUAUGGUGGCGAGCAUCGACGACAUGGACGUGCGCUUGUCAAUCUUGGUAAUGCUACUGAUAUUGCCGAGUAUGUCAUGCGAGGAAGCCAGGCGACAGGCGGCGAAGACACCGAUACAAGUGAGGCUGAGUCGGAAGCGGAGGACAUGGCCGAUCCACAGAACUCUGUCGAGCUUUCACAGCAGUAUUUGGGACGAGGCAAUGCGGCCCACUCACAGCGCGCCGUUCGUCUGCGCGAAAUUGGGCCGCGCAUGGAGUUGCGUCUCGUCAAAGUCGAGGAAGGUCUCAAUGGCAGCUCGGUCUUGUACCAUGACUAUGUGCAUAUGAGCGCAGCUGAAGUCGCGAAGCAAACACGGGAUAUUACAGCCAAGAGGCAGCUUGCUGCUGAGCGCCGCGCUGAGCAGGAACGGAAUGUUGAAAGGAAGAAGCAGGCAAAGCAGACACACAAGGCUGCCUCUUUGGCAGGUCAAAACGGUGGUGAUGGUGGAGCGUGGGAAGACGAAGAUGAUUACAGCGAUAAGGACAACGAUGUAGAAGGCCAUGAAGGCAGCGAUGACGAUGAAUUCGCCUAUGAGGACGCUGCAGCAGGCGCGCCAGCGAAUAACAAUGAUAUUGCUCAGGAUAUUCUCGCUAGUGACGAAGAACUUUUUGACGAGGAUGAUGAUGAGGAGGAAGACGUGGCUGAGCAUGCACCUGACUCGGACGAAGAAGACGAUAGUGAUCUGGACCCCAUUCCUCUGGGCCAAGUCGAGUAUGACGAGCCUGUCACAUCGAAGCAUCGUGCACCGUCAAAGAAAUCGAAGCGCCAACGUUCAUAG